UGUAACACUUCCGCUUGCCGCAAGAUAUCACGCAUACGCAAACGCUAAGAUAUGUAACCAACUUCACUUUGUAAAUGUUCGAUCUUUUUCAACUACGUCGAGGCUUGUACUUUUUGGAGAUUGCGCUUUACGACAUGGCUUUAACAGUCGCUCUACCUCUUGCUGGAUUGGAGACAGAGAAUUUUAACUCGUACAGGCAUAUCAUAGACAUAGCGGGCUUAUCUCAGACGAGCCCUAGCCCAUCUGUCUCCAGUGAAUCUAGCGGUAUUGGCUCAUUGGGUUCGUUGAAGUCCGAGUCGGUAAAUAACGACUCUUUACCAUCUAGUCCUCACACAACAGAGAAGAAAUUGUUCGAACCCGUCGUGCAGCCACAAUCACGCCCGACAGAGAAGAAGGACGAUAUUAAAAUUAUUUACGGAGGUCAUGAUAUACUCAAUUUGAAUGCCAAUCUCACUGAUCCUCGAUGGAACUAUCGCGCGACGGUCCUGCCGCCGAACAACCCGGCGUUAUUCUUCGCGAACAGAUCGCAGUACCAUCGUCUGGGACCAUUCGGAACACGCACGCAGUAUGUAAAAGAUUCUUGCCGUAUGUGUGGCUUCUCGUAUGUAGUAGCCGCUACAGAUUGACGAGACAACGUUUAGAAACGGAACAAAGGGUACAACUGGGAUACAUCAGGGUGUAAAGUUUACGUCUUGCUAUGGUGCUUGUACAAUUCAUUUAUUCCCAGCGACUUGUCUGUUAUGUACGACGAUCUGACAUUUUAGCCUGAGAUGCCAGAGAUUCCUAUGAGCGGGCACUAUUCAUUUAAAUUUUAUAUGACGAACAAUUGUUUUUUCUUACGAUAGUUUUUUUUUUCAAGUCGCUGGAUGGUAGCAUUAACGUAUAAUUUUUGUGUACAAUAUUAUUUGCCUGGAUGGUCUCAGUUGUACGGAUGACUGUGGAAUAUGCAUGUGGCUAUCGUCACGCCAAUUCAUAGAGUUACAUUUUAAUCGUGACUUAAUACUGUGAUCUUAAUUUAAAAAAUGCAAUUUUUUGACAAAUUCUGUGAAAAGCGCGACGAUACAAAUUUAUUUCGUUUUUUUAUAAUUUUUUUUUUUUGUAACUUAUUUAAUUGUGUGAUAAAAGUUAAGUUAUUCUAAAACAAUGCCAUACGUGACGAACAUACAAAAAUAUUGGCAUUUUAAAUCCCAAAUACUAGGAACUUAAUAAAUCAGUCCUUAAAUUGAAAUAGAGUAUAAUAAUUAAUUUAAAAAAAAAAACAUAUAUAACGCAUUAGUUCCUCUUAGAAAUAUUAAUUAUUAUUUGUUAUCCAAAGAAUCUUAAAUAUUUAACGUUUCAUAUAAUAAUUAAAUUAUUCAAUCACAAUUAUAUAACUCCAUAUUAAUUGUGGGACACAUCCAACGAUAUGAUUUAAAAUCAUUACAUUAAAGCAAUAUUUAAAUAAUGCUCUUUAAAUUUAUAUUGAGUUGUCACCCACCAUAACAUAACUCACAUUUAAAUAUUGCUUUAUUAUAAUAUUUAGGUUUUAGAUAUAUUCCACAGUCAUUGUAUUUGAUUGUCGAUGUUAAAACCAAAAGGCUGCUUUUCGUUUAUUCUGGUUAUUAUUAUUUUUUUUAACGAGGUGGCAUUAAUUUAUAGCCAAGCUGUAUGUUAAUUUGUAAGAUUUAAUUAUGAUUGUUGGAUUUACCGUCCGCACUUUACAUAUAGUGAUGACAUGUAAAUUAGGAUAUGAAAAUCGAUUGUUGCCCACAAAUCUUACUACCUACUGUGUUAAAUGCUUCAAUGUUGUAUAUAAAUGUGACUACCCAUUGGUAACAUAGUGGCAAUGGGUCAUAAGUGCAUAUCAUCACAAAUUAAAGCAGUGAUUAGAUAUUGUAAGGUAUUAGUAGUUGUUACUGAGAGGUUAAAGGUUCAAGUCAGACGCCCAGAUACUGGGCUGCUAGUGAAAUUAUAAUAAGUGUCGUUAACAGACUGGCAAUAUCUCUAUAUAAAUUCAUAUUUAAAUUGUAAUAAUCCAUGGUCUCUUAAUUUAGUCAAGAUAUAUAAAUAGUGUGAGUCUCUUGAUAUAAUUUUAAGUGAUGUGUAAAAUAGUUAACUAUAAUAGUCUUUAUAAAUAAUGUCCUGCAACUUUAGUUCUGCUCUGUUGUGAUCAGCUUUAAAUUGGAACUGAUGUAUUUGAAUAAUAUUGAUAUAUUUUCAACAAAGUUAUUUUUUAUAUGAGGAAAAAAAAUGUUGAUAAGAGACAAUACGGUUAGUUCAUAUAUUAUUUACAAGAUUACGUAAUUUGCUUCAAAAGUUUCGGCGAGUUUUCUGGAAGGGACCAAGAUCCAUGCAUUGUUUACCACAGUUUUAGAUUGUUAUUAACAGUAGCGGAGCAAAAUCUAUCGAACACCAGUAUCAGCGGUAAUCAUUAUAUGAAAUGACAUAUUUAUCACUUCCAUUAUCUUUUGAUUCAUCGCUGCUUUUAUUUUAGCAAACAAUAAUGGGCUAUGAAUGUAUGUAGUGUAAACAGAUAUUAAGAGAAUAGUUAACUAAAUCGUAUUUAUAUAUAUAAAUAUAUAUGUAUAUUGAAUAUUUAAUUCUUCGGUGAGUCAUGACUGAAUAUAGCAUAGAUCUCAGAAUGCAGCUUACAGUGAUACUUUGCCUAACAAUGAACAUUAUUUUGCCUAAAUUUAAAUACAAAUAUAAUAACAUGAGAAGUGUCCUCUGUAAUGGUGUGCUAUAUUCACAGUCACACGCACUCACAAACGGUUGUUAUGUUUACUUUAAAGGAAAUGUUGCAUUCAGAUUAUUAUGUAGUUAAUUAUAUGACAAUAUUAUAUCGAAUGUAGUUCAAAUGAUACUGGAGGGAUACGCACACUGAAUGUACCAGGGUGGCUGUGGAGGCCGAGGUUCGAUGCAAUAUUUGCAUUCCAGUUCUGUUUAAGUUAGCAUCCGAUGGGUUGUAGUUGUUAAUGAUUUAUUUAAUCCACAUUGCCAAAUAUGUUGGUUGUUUGUGCUUAUUUAUUUGAAUUAAUUUUUUUUAUUAUUAUUAUUAUAAUUAUUAUUACUGUUAUAUCGGAAAUAUCAAUUUAGUACCUUCCAUUGCUAAGUGCUCUUCGAGUGAUUUUACAAUGUUGAUCAUUUCAAUUUUAUGCAUUUUUUUUUUAUUUUUUUUUUUAAAUAAUUUUAUUUUUGUUUAGUCAAAUCAUAAUAAUCACACACAUAAUAUGUCGUAUCGCAUCAAUUAUGUCAUCGAUCUAUACAUAUUAUUUUUUUUUUAUCAACGAACUGUAGUCAAAUGACAGUAUUUUUGUAAUGAACAUUGUAUAUGAAGGGUUUUUUGCCUCGGCGAGGUGCGAGUUUUCCUAUCAACCGCCGGCCCCGACCUUGUGUAUUAAUGUAUAAAUGUUAAGCAUUAUGUAGGUUUAGCGAAAUAGACUAUCUCGGAGACAUCUCCAAGUACCAAAACCAUUGGUUAAAUGUUCUCUUGUUGUCGUGAUAUAGUGCGUCCAGCGCGCAGAGCUCAAUAUUUUAGUAACCCUUAAGAUGAAAAAUUAAUACCUCUUGAAAAGAAUAUUAUUAUAUGUAUAUAUAUAUAUAUCGUAUUUAAUGUCCGAACGACUAUCACAUAUGUAUUUCCCUGUUUAUUUUGAUGUGAUAUCAUAAAUGACUGAUCUGAAUUUAGUUUUUAAGUUGGUUAUUGUAAUGCAGUGCUAUUUCGAUUGUAAUUAAGAUUUAAUGUUGAAAGUGCCAAUGCUCGUAAUUUAAUCUUUGACUGUUCCUUUAAUGUAGCUGUUUCUCCACACCCUCCACUUCAAUAUAAGCGAUCGUCUUUCUUUAAUGUGAUUUUUUUUUUGUUUUUAAUCUUCAAAAAAAAAUAUGUUUUAACUUCCACGUAACGUGCACAAUCUCAGUAAUGCUUGCAAUAUUAUUUAUAACAUGUAAUAAAUCCUCAUUAUUUAGUUAGAUCCAGCUUAUGUAUAAGAGUACAAUAUGAGAUGUUAUAACAUUCUAGUAUCAAAAUUAACCGAAGAUAAUAUUAUUAGUUAGGUAAAUUUUAACAUAGCUUCGUAUGAUUGGGAUGUUUUAGUAUCUAGUAGUGUAUUUAUGGCGUAGUGGCAAGUGAUGUCUCGUGAGUGGAAUAAAAAAAAUAAUGUUAGUGGCAAUAAUACUCUAUGUAAGUUCCCUGCCAAGAGACUACAGGGUCGCGACGUCGUCGCCCGUGUCGGUCCCGUCACGUUACGAUCGCGUGCGUCACGACCACGACACGACCGAACGGCGACGCUCCACAAGCGAACGCUACGCACUAGGCGUUUUAUUUGUUGUAAUUAUAAUAAUAGUCGUAGGUAUUUGAUCGUACUUAAAUAAUUAUUCUUGCGAUGCCUUAAUUCUGGUUGUCAAUUAGACAUGUCUGCCUAGAGUGUUAUCAUUGUUUUUAUUUAUUUUAGUUUUUUGCCGUUCCGGCUUCCUCCGUGAACUUCCAGUCCAGGCUGUUCUUUUUAAAUGAUUUUGAGGUCGAUUUAUUUUUACCUAAGUGUUCUUAUUAAAUGUUACCAAAAUGUUUUUAAUAAAAUAUUUUUAUAUGUA